AUGGCGACGGCACGGAAGAAGAAAGAAUUCCUUUGCAUUAUGCCUGAUCGACCCAAUGUUUUAGAGCUGAGAAAGAAGGUCAAAGGUUGUCACUAUGAAGGCAUCCAGCCGCUAAUUGCCGGAGGCAAGCUUUAUUAUCAAGAACUCGCUGACUUUAUUGGACGCUCUAUAGGUGCAGUUUUCGCAGAACAUCCGCAGGAAGGGAAAAAAGCGCAGUUUUUGGGAAGUGUAGUUGUAUACACGGGUGAGAACGCCGAAGAAGUUCGAGAAAUUAUCAGCAACGAUAUCUACGCUUCAAGUGGUGUGUGGGAUCUUGAAAAGGUCCAAAUUUAUCCAUAUGUGCCUGCUGUCAGACAACCACUGCCUUGA